CGCAAAUGGACGGCGGGGAAUGGAAGGCGAUGGGGAGCCGGACCUUUCUGCGCAGACUCCGUCACUCAGAGCGGAGGCGGCGCAGCGGGGAAGGAAGCGGCGGAAGGCUGGAUUGCUGUUAAUAGAAUUUUACAUAUAUCUCAAGUAUGGGUGUUAGAGGCUUGCACUGGUUUGUGACCAACGCCUGCCCAGAGGUGUGUACAGUAGUAAACCUGAAAGAAAUGGCAGAAAACCACCGCAGCAGAUAUCCUGGUUCUAACCCUGUUCUUGUGGUAGAUGCUAUGUCUUGUCUUCGGCAGUGGUACACACCAGAGUCAUGGGUCUGUGGUGGCCAGUGGCGUGAAUAUAUUUCCAGUUUGAAUGGUUUUGUAAGUGUCUUCAUAGCAGCUGGUAUCAAACUGGUAUUCUACUUUGAUGGGGUGGUGGAGCAGAAAAAACGACAUGAAUGGGUCAAACGAAGAUUGAAAAAUAACAAAGAAAUUGCCAGAAUCUUUCAGAUUAUCAAGACCAAUAAGCAACAACCUGGGAGAGGCAUGUUCUUUAUUCCAUCUGGGUUGGCUACUUUUACACGCUUUGCCUUGAAGACCCUUGGUCAAGAGAUAAUAUGUUCACUGCAAGAGGCAGACUAUGAAGUGGCAUCUUAUGGACUGCAGAACAAUUGCAUGGGAAUUCUUGGAGAAGACACAGACUACCUGAUUUAUGACACGUCUCCAUAUUUUUCCAUUAAUAAGCUCCGCUUGGAUGAGAUGGUAACAGUCAUGUACUCAAGGCAGAAUCUCUGCAGCAGGUUAGGCCUGCAAGUAACUGAGCUUCCCCUUUUGGCUUGCCUCCUCGGCACAGAUAUCGUUCCAGAGAGGGCCAUGGAACAUUUUCGGAAUCAUUGUGUUGCUUCGUAUUGUGCAAAAAGCCAAGGCUCUGAUAAAAAGGCUAGCAUGAUUCUAGCUGUCGCAGAUUAUAUUUCAGUUCUUCCACGUUCGUAUGAAAGUUUGGUUGCUUUGGCAGAGAAGUUGCCUUUGGGAUUAGACAAGACUAUAUUUUGCAAAGGAAUAGAGUCUUACCUCCUACCAGGGCAGAUGUCUCCAUGGCUCCCUUGUGACUUUUCACAUCAUUCAGGAUCCUCUCUCAAACAAGAUGGGUCUCUGUGUUUAGAUGAGGAGAUUGUUCAGAUAGCAAAAGAACAGCAUGUGAGAGCUGAAAGCUACAUGGUGUACAAUGUCCUGAGUGGUGGAGAAGUUGAAUGCAGCAACACACUGGAAGAUGAACAUGAUACAGAGCUUCCUGGUCAGGCGCUUAUCUUCUGCCCUGCUCGUCAGCAUAUCUAUUCGAUCCUGCUGGAAUCUGCAAAAGAUGUCCAGGGAACAAGUCCUGUAAUAAAGGAGUGGUUUGUGUAUCCUGGGAAUUGUUUACAGCAGCCAGAUCUGGUGCAACCCAAACAACUCCCAGGUGGGACUCCUGGAUUGAGAUCUCUAUGGCUCAGCAGGGGACCAGAGGCUGAAAAGCAACGCCAUCACACAUUUCUGGCAUGCUUUCAACUGCAGGACAUAGCAGAGGACCUCCAGACCUUGGAAGCCUCCGUUGAAGCUGCCUGCUCCUUGCUAAUCUACCUCACUCUACAAGUGGACAGCCUCUCUUUGGAAGACUUGCAUGCAUUUAUGGCUCAGGCUCUGUGCCUUGAGGGGAAGUCAGCUGCUCAGCUUGCAGACUUGCAGCUUCCCCAGGUUGAUCCAAGAGCUGUGCAGCUUGGUUCUCUCUUUGUCCGGGGCCUGUGUGUACUGCUUAUGGCCAACAGUGCCUGUGGCUUCCCCUUCAGAAUGGAGGAUUUAAUGCCUUGGCGAGUAUUUGAUGGAAAACUUUUUCAGAAGAAAUACCAGCAGGCUCAUAGAGGAUGCUCUUUACAUGAGCUCUUGGAAGGCAAUGAAUAUUGGCUCACCAAGUUUCAGAAUUUGAUGUCACUUAUUUUCAAAGCAUGCUCAGCAAAAGGCAGAAACAUCCAGAACAGACAGAGAUUGAACAGCUCAGUGACAGAGAGACGAGAAAGAGUUGCAGGCUUUUACUUUCCGAAUCGAGGCAGAACUCAGUCUCAUCCUUACUCUUAUCACCAUCAAAACAGCGAAUGCCAAUGGAGAGGUCCUCCAACACCUGGUUAUCCACCUGAAGCUCAGCCUUCAGGUCUAGGAUACAGAUCGAGACAUCGACCAGCAAGGGGACAAAGAUUCCAGCUUGCACCUCGAUGGCCCAGAUGAUCAUCUCAUCAGUGGAACAGAAUAAAAAGAGUGUUUUACAGACAAAGAGUUCUGAUCAUGUAUGCCAAAUUAAUGAUUAAAAUUAAUAGACUGAUUUAUUUUGUAGAAAGAAUGACUAGGUACAAUAUAGUUUUUGGUUUUUUUUUAACUAAGUUGUGUCAUAUAUUGUAUUUUGAUCUUACAAGCUGCACAUAUUCCCAUGAGUAUAUUGUAGCCCUCUGGAUUAUAAGACACGACUUUGAAAGACAGUACAAGUUUACAGCCACCAAAAUAAUAAUAAUAACAGUACAAAGGAAUUUAAAAACUUCAGAGUUUUCUGCAGAGAUCUAUGGCUAGUAUCAUUCACACCUACAACUCUUAUAUUGGCUAUAUUUGCAUUCCCUUGGUAGUUUUGCCUGCUCCCGUUUCUUUGCAUGCCUAAGCCAUAGUUCCAAAUGCUCGACUGAAGUUUCAAGGUACUGCAGUGAUAGAAAUUUGGGGACUGAAGGAGCAUGUUAUUGUGGAGACUGAAUUCUUAUUAGGGUGCAAAGGCUUCAUUUUAUUCCCUUGUGUAAGCUAUCCCCACUGGCUUGGCCCUAGUACCUGCUCUCAAACAAGCCCCAAGAGACAUGUUAUUAUAAGUGUACUUAAUAACUUAAUUAUGUUACUUAAUUCUGCAGAUAGUUGUCAUUUUGUUAAGACCAGUGUUGGACAUCAAGGUGUGCUAAUGCCUGCAUUUGUGUCUGAAUGUCACAGCUGAAUGAAGGAGGACUUAACAAGUGCAAAUCCCAGCCCUGGUGUUCUCUCAGUGCCUUGAAGAGGCACAUAAUUUUGUGUCAUCACAUAAACCCAACCCCACAGUUAUCAAGAAGCUGAGAGGGGCAUUGCAUCUGGGAAUAGUUGCUUUUGUGGGAGAGAAAUCAGCAUAUACAAUAACUGUCACGAUUCGACCAUGAUUAGAAAUUGUACCAGGAGAGUGACUGUGACUACUUAAGAAACAAUCUUAGGAAAGGCUCUGCUUAGACAUUUUGAAUUCCCUUCUAUGGUUCCUGCAAAGUGCAGCUGGUCCACGUCCUUUAUCUUGAAACGCAAAGGGAUCAUUCCCCUUUUGCAGUAACCCUUCCACUUACUGGGGCCUACCAGUAGCAAUUUGCAACAAUAGAAGAACAAAGCUGCCAUUUGACCUAGAAUACAAUUUUCAACUAAUUAAUAAAGUGACCAUUAGUGCCCGAGGGGAUAAUAACAGGAGUAAGAGCAAAUUACUGUGCUAACUAAUGCUUGUUAAGGGGGGUGCAAAGGAGAAAUGGUCAUUGUAUUGCAAAUGUCUGGAGGCUCUAUUCUUUUUUUUCUCUUCAACCCCUCCCCCACCUAAUACUCUUAAAGUGCUCCCACUCAACACUUGCUCCUUCUAGGACCCUUGCAAACCAUGUAAGAAUUAGCCCUUCAAAGAUCAAUCAGGAUCUAAUUGUUGCUAACAAAGUGCCACCUGGUGAGAAAUGUUACAAUAUACCUUCAUUACGAAGCAUUCAGUCUCUGAGCCCCACAACUACAGUAAAGGAAAGGGGUGAAGGGAGUGACUCUAUUGCCCCUGCUGUUCUCGGGCACCUGCGAUGCUUGUAAAAGACUUCAAGGCAAGGGAAAAUGUGCUGUUUGCACUGCAUUCAGCAAAGUUAGUUCUGUGAUAUCUAAGAAUGAUUCUUUCAGGUGUUCAGAUCUAAAUGUGGUGUGUUUCUCCAUGAGCAGUGGAGUUUUUCAUGCACCACUCAAAUAUCACAGUAGGCCUCCUGAUAGAGCAAGGAAAUAAAUGUGAUUCUGCCCAAGUAUGACAAACAGUUUGCAGUGUUUAGGGUUAACCUUUCCUUAGGGAAAAACCAAUCAAAACCAAUCAAAAGAAAAAAAGAAAGAAAUUAAACUCCCUUUAAAAAUGGAUGGGGGAGGGAAAAAAUUCCUGUAAAACCUCAUCCCUUCUCCCUUUGAGAUGAAAUCAGAAAGAUACACAAAGGAAAAUCAUCAAAAUUCCACACCCUCCAACUGCCUUUGUUUGGCAAGGACAGUCCAGGUUAAUCCUCUGUUCCUCAUUUUCAACUGCUUUUAAAAUGUUCCAGUUUUUCUCUCUUCCAUCCACUUUGUCUUUGGCUCAUUUCGGUUGCUACAAGCUAAGUUCAAAGUGGAAAAGUAGCUUAUACUCAAACCAACAGAGGGAAGAGGAGUGGAGGAUCAGAAUCUUGCCCUUCUCAGUAAGAUGAAACAAAAGCAAACUGUUGCAUCCUCUCCUAAUUUGUGCAUUCUUUUUGUUAACCACACUAUGAUGUUGCUUGGUCAUAUGUGUCACAAUUUUCAUCUAUGAAAUGUUGGAGGGUAUGGAACUCAGCUAAAAUUGGUCAUAACAUCUCAAUAAAUACUGCAACCUAAUUUUAGUGGCACUUUUACACAUUUAAAUUGGUAUGUAUACUUCAUACAUGCCUAUACGCAGCUUAUUAUUAUUAUUAUUAUUAUUAUUAUUAUUAUUAACCUUUAUUUAUA